UUAUUGUCCACUUACUUUUAUUUAGAUGUCCUACAUAACGUUUUGUUUGAAUUGUGCCUACAUUUUAAUUUAGGGGCUGCUAUAGAAACUGUAUGUUGUGAACGCCAAUAGAAAAUUCCAUAAGCACAUUAUUAUCACUUAGCUUUACGCAGAAAAUGUGGAUUUAUUGCGACUAAAGCUAGUUUCGUAUCUCAUGCUUGUAGUGUAACAGUUGUGUUGAUAAAGCAUGGAGUCCUGCGAAAUGAGUUUAAUAAAAUACGUGCUGUUCAUUUUUAAUUUAAUUUUUGCGAUUUCCGGGAUCGCUAUUAUUGUAGCCGGCGCUCUUGUGUUAUCCGACGUGGGAAAUUUUAAGCAUUUUGUGGAAAACGAGCUUUUGGCCCCCCCUGUAGUGUUGAUCGUAGUAGGCGCAAUUAUAUUUAUAGUUGCGUUUUUGGGGUGUUUUGGGGCCAUUCGAGAAUCAUAUAAGUUACUAAUUGGGUUCGCCGUGUGCCUUCUAAUAAUUUUUAUCAUCGAGUUGACCGUUGGAAUUGUAGCCGCUGUGUACAAAAACGACUUCGAAGACGCUUUAAAGAAAGCUUUACUCAAGUCCAUAGAACAAUAUUCGCAGAACAACGCAGAGAAAACCGCGUGGGACAAUGCCCAAUCCAAGCUCAUGUGCUGCGGCGUGGAAAGCCCUAAUGACUGGCAGGGUCAACAACUACCCUAUUCGUGUUGUCACCUUAACGAAGAGCUGCAUAACGAGCUCAGCGAGUAUUGUCUCGGGGUGGCAAAAGGAAAAUAUCUUUAUCAAAACGGCUGCUACGAACAACUCAAAAUGAAGAUUAACGAUAACACGAAAAUUCUUAUUGGUGUGGGUAUUGGGAUUGCGUUUGUUGAGGUUGCUGGGAUUGUUUUGGCGUGUUGGUUGGCUUAUACGGUGAAGAAGGAAAAUGAGUCGAAAUGAGACACCAUUAUUGAUGUGUAUAAUCAAAGGAAGCGCAUAUUUGUAUACUGAUCUUGAUAUAUGCACAUCGUGAUCUACCCGCGAGUUUUAGCUACCUCGACGAAUUAUGUGUGACUAUAGUUUGGACGAAUUAUUAAUUUCAAUGAAGUAAUGAAAUUUAUUUGAUACACUUUUAUAUACGCUACUAAGGUGUGGUUUGGAUGUUCUAGUAUCAAUAGAAGU